UCCUAACCUUACUUUAAAACGUCAAAAUAUACCAAAUCAAAACAAAAAGAAAAACUUCCCCUGCUUUCUCAGUACUAAGAUCAAUACAAUACGGCCAGUGUUGUCACAAAGGAAAAUUGUUGCAUACGGGGGCCCCAAAACAUCAAACCACUUCAAGAUGAAGAUGGCUCAUUCGAUGCAGGGAAUUUACGCACCCCUGCCUCAGUCUCUAAGUGAUUCAGAAUCUGAGAAGGAAAUUAGUAUGGAGCCAAUUUGCACCAGUUAUAACUCUAAAGCUAAUUUUGAGGAGUCUUAUAGACAGAACGGUCAUAGUAUUCAAUUGGAUGGUGAUGUGGUGAAAAUCAAAAGAGGAGCCAGUAAAAUGUCUCUGGCCAGAAAAGUUGCAUUUGUAUGCUCAAUAAUCUUAUGUUUGUCGCCGAUAUUUAUUUUCUUGUGGGUAUUGCCGUGCAAUGAGUUGCACACCUGCCCAGUAAAAAUAACAAAUUGGGAAUAUGAACAAGAAGAUAUUGAACUUAAGGGACCAAUAAAUGUUGUUAGUGGAGUAUAUAAAACUAACUACAAUUUAGCUAUGCUUUAUAAGGGUAGUUUUAAUAGUCCAAAGACAUUGAAAAAUGGAAUCAUAUCAUUUAUGGGACUUACAGGUAAUGUAGCUUGGUACUUUGAACAAGAGGUCGAACCUCUACAGAUGGACUGUAAUAUAAUUGAUACCAACAAAGAUGGUAGCUUGGAAUGUUUGGUAGUCGACUCUAAAGGUCUAAAGGCUAUCGAGACUGCAUCAGGACAAGCUUUAUGGCACGCUCAUUCCGCUGAAGAAAAUCAAUUAGUGAAAGAUUUAGAUCUGCCCAUUGCAAUUCCCGAUCUUAAUGCUGAUGGCGUUAAUGAACUGUUAAGCAUAUAUCAAAAAUAUGAAUUCUUAGUUAUUUCGGGUAGAACUGGAAAAGCUCUUUCGAAGAUUCCCUUGGCACACUGUGAAAAUAUUAAGGAAAUAUAUAAAAGUAAGGCAACUACCGCAGAUUCGGUAACUUAUAGAUGCAUCAACAGUUCGGGAAAUUCAUUGAUAUUCAGAGUGAGUAUUUCAGAAAUAGAGAAAACUGUUACAAAUCCUCAGUACCACAUGACAGCUGAGCAAGUUCCCGAGGAAAUCGAGGAAAACGUGUACUAUGUUGGAAAUAGAAAAUUGGUUGUUGAGAAUGGGAAAAACUGUCCCAAAUGUCAUUGUAAUUUGACCCUAUUUUAUGAAAAAGAUCAGACUUCUCAUAAAUGGUCCUACAACAAUGCCUACAUUAUGAAUCCAAAGAGUUUUUCAUUCGAACCAACCGCUGCCAAAAAAGCUAAACUAAGGGGUCAUUUAAAUGGAUUCAUAAUAAAAAUAUGGCAAUGGUCUGAGCAUUAUAGAAAACUGCGACCCACCCAACGGAUCAAUAAAAGAGGACUAAUAUACAGCAGCGCCAACGAGACAUUUUUUUCUACUGAGGUUACUGCUAGAGUUGUGUUAAUUACGUUUAAUGAUACAGAUGUCAACGUCAUAAAUGCUUCUCUGACUGACAUAAACCAGAUCUGUAAAAAACACGAUUCCAACUGUCAACCGAGCGUUGAAAACCAGAGUGAUAGCUUACUGGUUCAGGAUCUGGAAAACGAUAAUAGCAGAGAGCUGGUGAACUUUUACAGUUCAUACAUAAGGAGGGGCGAGGACUGGCAUCUUGUCAGUUACGUCAAAGUUUUGAGGUUGGAGGAGGAGUUGCCGAAAUUGUACGGGAACAAAUAAGGUGCAUUUUCACGUACCUUCUGUGUGUUUUUUUUUCGGUUUGUUAAAUGAUGUUUGCUGAAAACAAACAUCAUAUUUUUUUGUUUGCUGAAUGGCGUUUAUCGAAAACAAAUGUUAUCGGUUUUAAAGUGAAGACAGAUUUUAGGUUUUUGAUAUAAGUCAUAAAGUGAUCCGGGUAUUUGUGUGUACCCUCCCACCAGAAUAAGUAAACUUUAUAAAAUUUUCUCUAAAUGCACUGAAUGUUGUAUCAAUCUACUAGUAAUAUAAACCGUGACUUUCCAGACUGUUAGGUAUUUUGAUAGUUCUAUUCUUAUAUUACGUAAGUGACCUAUUCCUGUUAAGUACUAAUUUGAAUUUGAUGUCGAAUAUAAUAGCUCUAUGAGAAA